AUGGCCGAACCCACCGACACGUCGCGAGACACCACCGCCCCCGUCCGCGAAGACCCCUCGCGCGCGAAUCCGCCUAAGUCCCCGCCGACGCAUUCGCCGCACCCGCUCCAGGCCGCCGCCGUCAUCACGUCCCUUGAAUCCCGCCUCGCAGAAUCGGAAGCCCUGCGCCGCGACUCGGAGACACGCAUCCGCAAAUUGGAGCAGAUGGUGGAACGAUUGAUGAGAGAAUCCACCGCACCUGCUGGGGCGCAGGUCGGGGAGGCUCUGCCGGUGAGACCGGUCCCCCUGGACGUCCCCCCGCACACAUUUUUGGGACGCCCGGGAGCUGCCGCUGACCCCCUUGCUCGUACCCCUGGGGGGGAAUCUCACAGCGGAAUUAGGGACGGCCCUUCCUCGGCGGUGAUUAGCUCUCGUUGGAGAGGGACAUUGCCGGACCGGGAAGGGUUAUGGACCGGAGAUCAUCCGGAAAGGUUGGUGAUUUUCACUGCGUUUGGGGAGUCGUAUCUUUCUCUCUUGUGCGACAUCUCCACCUCCGACCUUUUCGACACGAGCCGAGUGAUCCAGCUUGUGGCGACGCUAUUUUUUCGUACGACAACCCGACAGCGCCGCCAAUCCCCGCUCGAUUGGGCCGUCGAGGCGAUGAGGGACGCGCUUGGAGAAGGGCGCCCUCAUUGUUGGACGUCGCUCAUGAAGGCAGUGGGACGUCGUUGGCCCGACCCCGGGUUCGCCGAUAGAGUGGCUCAAGACUUCCACGGAUGUCGCCAGUCGUCGUCUCGGGCUUACGACCAUGUCGGGGAGUGGCGGGCGCGGUACCGUGCCUUCGUGCACGACAACGAUAGUUUCACCCUGUCGCCGCUUCAGCUCGCCACGACCUUCUACCAAUCGCUCAGUGACUCCUCCAAGCGGGAAGUGCGGGCGGGAAUGUUACGUGAAUACCACGACAACUCGCUGGUGACAAUUGGGCGAUUCGGACUGAAGGUCCCGUCCAUCGACGAGAUUACCGAGUGGGCCGCUAUCGCCGACGACAUUUCUCCUCCGCCUUCGGUUCCGACCCCACCAAGCCGCACCGCGACCUAUGGCGCGAUCGUCAAAGCUCCCCGAGUGAGCCCACCUGCGACCAACACGCCCACCGUCGACGAGAGGUUCCCGAUCCGACGAGCUCGAUGGGUCGACCGCGCUACUAAGUGGCAGCAAUCGCACUUGUGGAAGGACCGCUCCACCUGGUUUUCCCCGGCGCCCAGCGGGGUACCCACCAGCAUGGCUUGCUUCAACUGCGGACGAGGCGGUCAUUUCUCGCAGCACUGCACCGCGGAGCGUCAAUCCCCGGUCGCCGUCCAACUCUCAGCGGUCGCUGUGGCCGACUUGGAUGACGAAGAUUGGUCCUCGGUCGCAGGUGGUGACGAGGAUCCCGAGGUGAGAGUCCCCAUUUCACUCGAGCGUGUUCAGACUCGACCUUUGAGUUCCGUUUCCGCUUCAAUGACGCGCCCUUCUUGCCCUCCCGCAGACCCCGUUGGCCGAAUGAAAGAAGGGGCUUCUUCUUCAGUCGACGUCGAAGUCUCAUCAAGUAAUCCGCAGCCAACCGCGCCGGCAAGUGAUGCAGAUCUACGUCGUCUUGCCGAUGACUCGACCGACUCUGCGUUUGACGCGGUGGAAGACGUCCCCUCUUAUGCUGAUGCCGCGUCGCGAAUGCGGCGAUACUGGGGGCCGGAGGUGGUGUCGUCGCGCAAAGCGGAGAGGACUGCAUCGGUGAGCUCUGUUCGUGUUCCGGUGCCGUUGGGGGUUUCUCUCUUGGAGUCCGACACGCCCCUGAUCGACGUCGACGACUUCGCCCGACCCGCCGAGCCCGCGAUUGUGCGCGCCCGCAAUAUUAUUGCGUGGACGUUGCCGUCUGGGCGAACGCUGCGUUGCCUCGUCGACUCUGGUUCGGAAGUGGACUUGGUGGAUCAGGAUGUCGUGCGAACAGACCCGAGUUUCACGACGUCCCGCCUUACCGCGCCGCUGCACUUGCGCCUCGGCACUCGCGACAAAUCUGACCGCUGCGCCGUGUUUGCCAACGCCCUCUUCACGUCCGGUUCCCUCGACCUCGGCUUGCGGGCGUUUUUCAUUUGCCGUGUGACGGCAUAUGAUGCUAUCCUGGGUUUGCCGUUUCUGAAGGACACCGGCAUGCUGGUAGGCUGGGGCGUCUUCACCGUCGCACGGCCGGGCCCUUCGCAGCCGGUCGCCAAGGGCACUCACGAGUGGGAUCGCGCAGUCACGGUGGCGCCCAUCUGCUCCGGCUCUGCCAUUGGCUACGAUCACCCAGGGUUGCUUCCUGACGACGAGAUCAUUGGCCUCGAGCCGCACAACCCUCUACUGGAUGUCGUCGACGACCCGGCGCUCGAGGAUUUGUCUGAGUCCGAAGCACGAACACGAUUGGCUGCCUUACUCGAGAAAUACUCUGAUGUGUUCGUAGAUUCGCUCCCAAUGGACCGACUCCCGCCUUAUCGACCCGUCAAUCACGAAAUCCCUUUGAUCGACCCCAACGAGAAGGUCAAGCCGAGGGUCUAUCCCCUUGCCGACAAAUAUCGUAGCCAGUGGGCGGAGCAUUCAGCUAAGUACACUCGCGGUCGCUUCUGGGUUUCUGGUCCGAUCGACUCUGCGGCUCCGGUCUUCGCCAUUCCGAAAAAGAACUCCCAGACCGCUCGCUUUGUGAUCGACCUCCGCGCUCGCAACAGCAACACCGCCAAGCGUUUUUCACCUAUCCCCGACAUGACCAGUGUUCGCUACGAAGUGGCACGUUCGCGCUACCGGUCCAAAUUCGACGUGGCCGCAGCGUUUGAGCAGGUGCGGGUCAUACCCGAGCACGUCGAUCGCACCGGCUUCGCCACGGUCACGGGCACGUACACGUCGCGGGUGAUGCAGUUUGGGGACACCAAUGCGCCCAACACCCUGAACUUGUUGACAUCGGCGAUGUUUCAGCCGUGCCUCUCGUUUGCCAAGAUCUUUUUCGACGAUGUUCACGUCCAUUCCGAUACUCGUCGCGCGCACUUAAGACACAUCGAGAUUUUGCUGAUGACACUGCGACAUUAUCGGUUCUACUUAGGAUCCAACAAAUCCGAGUGGUUCUCAAAGUCGUUAGAUUCCUUGGGCGCGAUCAUCUCCGACGACGGCAUCGAGGUCGACCCGGCCAAGUGGGAGCGUAUCCGACAGUGGCCGACUCCACACAACAAGACCGACGUUCAGCGUUUCCUCGGCACCGUGAAUUGGAUGCGAGAUCACCUGCCCCACCUCUCGAUCACCUUGGAGCCCAUCACCGCAUUAUUAGCGCAAUCGACGUCGUGGCGUUGGAACGAGCGCGAGCAGCAGGCCUUCGACACCGUCAAGUCCCUCGUGCCAGCAACACUGCGACCGAUCGACGGCGCUAAGGUCACCUCCGGCGAGCACAAAAUCUACUUGUUCACCGAUGCCAGUCGUGUUGGCAUUGGCGCUUGCCUGGCCUCGGGCCCCACUCGUUCGCAGGCCAUUCCUACGCGAUUCUUCUCCGCUAAGUUCAAUGGCGCUCAGCUCAAUUAUCACGUCACUGAUAAGGAGUUCUUAGCCGUCGUUUCGGCGUGUCGGGCGUUCGAGCAGCACUUGAUCGGUUACCCCUUCGUCAUCGUCACCGACCACCAAGCCCUUCGCACGAUUAAAACGCAGAAGUUACGCCAAACACCCCGGCACAUCCGCAUGUGUCUCGAACUCAGCCGUUUCGACUUCGAAUUCGAAUUCAUUGCGGGCAAGAACAACUCCCUUGCCGAUUCGUUGUCACGCUUGUGGGAAGUCAAGGAGGGAUCGCCCGAGGAUCAGGUCAAGGAGAAUGAGUUGGAGGAUAUGUUCUUUGAUGGAGAACGCCACGGAUUCACUACACACGGUGAGAGCCUCCCUGAGGAACGUCCUUACACCUCACCAUCUCCCGAUCGGUUGCCUCCUGUUGAUUUUGCCUUCGGGCCCCAACGCGACGAUUGCGAGGCAGGCUCUCCCGGAUACUACGCGCUCAAGGACGAAUCGCAAGACGAGGACGUGAAUGGACGGGAUUUAGGGAAUUUGUUCUUGAAGGAAGAAUGCCACGAGUUCACUACACCUGGUGAGAGCCUCCCUGAGGAACGUCCUUACACCUCACCUUCGCACGAUCGGUUGCCCCCUGUUGAUUGUGCCUUCGGGCCCUGGGAUCACGGCUACGACGCAGGCUCUCCCGGUUCCCAUCGUCUGGCCGAGAACAUUAUGGACGCCGUCGACUCUUCUACCGGUCCCCUUUCUCCUCCCAUCGCCGUCAAUCGAGUUCAUGCUAUCGCCGCGGCCCCCGCCAACGACGCGCCCAUUCCAGUCGAUGCCGACGCCGAUGAACUCGACUUACUGGGAGCCGCCGCCGAUGAGGUCAACGACGCCCCUGUAGUCCAUCGACCGCCCGACCCGCUACCGCAACCUUUCCUCGACGCCGUCAUCCGAGCCUACGCCCACGAUUCGCAAGCCCAAGUCAUUGUUGACGACCCGCUGUCAUGGCCGAUGUUUCGGGUGACCGAGGAAGGGAGGAUCUUGCGUGUACAUCCAGAUGAGUCUCUUUCCCUGUUUGUGCCUCGCGGUCUCGCUACCGGCGUUGUCGACUCCGACAAGCUCCCAUCGCUGCGCGAGCUCGUGCUUUCGGAGAUCCAUCGGAGCGUCGGGCACGCGGGACAUCGCAUCACCUUGGCCGCCAUACGUCCUUUGUAUUGGUGGUCGUCCAUGUCUGCCGAUUGCGCCAAGUUCUGCCAUUCAUGCGAAGAUUGUGCCCGAGGCAAAGCGUCCACUCAAGUCCCUUAUGGCCGACUGCAUCCGAUGCCGAUCCCUUCUGGCCCAUGGGAACAAGUGGCCAUCGACUUCAUGACGGGACUGCCUCCGGUCGAGUUCGAAGGGAUGAUGGUCGCUCAAAUCAUGGUGGUCACUGACACUUGGGGCAAGAUGGUCCACCUGAUUCCCCUCCCAGCCGACGCCGACUCCGAGCUCGUUGCCGACAGGUACUACGCCACCAUCUUUCGACUGCAUGGGACGCCUUCCGCCAUCGUUUCCGAUCGCGAUCCCAAGUUCACCUCGCAGUUUUGGCGAGCAUUGCAGGCGAAGGUCGGCACCGUCUUGCGGAUGUCAACAGCGGCGCACCCAGAGACCGACGGAUCGAGUGAGAACCGAAUCAAGAUGGUCACCCAAACCCUGCGCAUCAUGGUGUCGUCAAACCACGAGGCUUGGGCAUCUCGUCUUGUUGAAGCUGAGUUCGCUCUUAACUCUUCCGUUGCUGUUUCCACGUCUCUGUCGGCUUUCGAGGCGACUUACGGUUACCUUCCUCGACGCUGGCCCACCGAUUCCUGGUCUGUCUCGGACGUCCCGCGUGCGGAAGCGUUUGCCCGAAUCCGACAGUUACGGAAUCUCGACGUCACGGAUGCGAUCAUUGGUGCACGCCUCGAUCAGACUCACCAGGCCAACAAGCAUCGACGCCCGGAUGAUCCCGCCUUUCGGACCGGCAGUUAUGUCUAUCUUUCGACCAAGAACCUGGCAGUUCCUGAAGGGAUGAAGUCGAAGUUGUUGCCGCGCUACAUUGGUCCUUUCCGUAUCCGAGCGGCCAUUCCAGCGACGUCCAGUUACGACCUCGAGCUUCCCCCAGCAAUGUCGCGAGUGCACAGUCGCUUCCAUGCUCGACUGCUUCGCCCCUAUGUUGAGAACGAUGCUGAGAGGUUCCCUGGGCGUGACCCCGCAGUUCUUUUUGUUGAAGAUGUAGCCGACGCGGCCGACAACUCCGCCAUUCCGGAACGGAUUGUUCGCGAUCGUCGGAACGCUCGGGGCAAUCGUUCGUUCUUGGUUCGAUGGAUUGGCCGUAAGGACAUCGAUGACACUUGGAUGUCAGAGCAGUCCCUCCGCUUCGACCAUCCAUCCCUACUCGACGCCUACCUGGCACAACUCGAUCGCUCAAAUCGCCGCCUGUCCUCCCGGUAG